ACUAUAAUUAAUCUAAUCUCUUUGAGCAUGCGAAAUCCUUUGAUUGCGUAUGGAAUAUACAUCCAUGUCUUUCUUGUUCCACUAGCAAGGCAAGGACCAAAUUCUCACAUGUCUGUUUCGUUAUUACAACCUUCUUUCUUUAUGUCAAAGACAAGAAGCUACGCGAAAAUUCUUUUUGGAUCUCGGUUGUUCUUAACAGCGAUGGCUAUUCAUUCAAGUCUUCGGGUAGCACCACCAGAUUUUCAACAAGGUGGAAAUUCUCGUAUUCCGUAUGUACAUGUUCCUGCGGCUCGGAUGAGUAUUCUUGUUUAUAUCGCUUUGGCUAUAAAUAGUUUCUUGUUCCCAUUAACAAAACAUCCCCUUUUUCUUCGCUCUUUCAAAACCGGUAUAGAAAUUGGUGCUUUUUCUACUUUGUUUACCUUAGUGACUGGGGGGUUUCGGGGAAGGCCUAUGUGGGGUACCUUUCGGGUGUGGGAUGCUCGGUUAACUUCUAUAUUCAUCUUUUUCCUUAUUUACCCGGGUGCACUGCGUUUUCAAAAGCUUCCUGUCGAACUGGCUCCUAUUUCAAUCCGUGCUGGACCGAUCGAUAUACCAAUAAUAAAGUCUCCAGUCAACUGGUGGAAUACAUCGCAUCAACCUGGGAGCAUUAGCCGAUCUGGUACAUCAAUACAUGUUCCUAUGCCCAUUCCAAUCUUGUCCAACUUUGCUAACUCCCCCUUCUCAACCUGUAUCUUGUUCGUUCUGGAAACACAUCUUCCUAUUCCAUCUUUUCCUGAAUCUCCUUAA